AUGCCGCCGACUGUACUCCCAGCGUCGGGGAAUCCCCUCGUCUUCUUCGACAUCACUCUUGGCGGUGAACCCCUCGGCCGCAUCACCUUCGAACUCUUUGCCAAUGUGGUCCCCAGGACAGCCGAGAACUUCCGCCAGUUCUGCACCGGCGAGCACAAGAACAACCAAAACCGGCCCCAGGGCUACAAGGGCUCCAAGUUCCACAGAAUCAUCCCCAAUUUCAUGUGCCAGGGCGGUGACUUCCUCAAUGGGGAUGGCACCGGGUCGACGUGUAUCUACGGGACCAAGUCCUUUGCGGAUGAGAAUUUUACGCUGAAGCAUGAUAAGGCUGGGUUGUUGAGUAUGGCUAACGCAGGGCCAAAUACAAACGGCAGCCAGUUCUUCAUCACGACGGUGCCAACGCCAUUUUUGGACAACAAGCAUGUGGUGUUUGGGCAGGUGGUGGAUGGGAUGGAUGUGGUCAAGAAAAUGGAGAAUACGAAAACGGGAUACAAGGGGAAGGAUGUGCCGAACCUGGACGUGGUUAUCGCUCAGUGUGGAGAGAUGUAG